UUGGCAUAUGAUGUGAUAGAUUCAGAGAAUGAUAAGUCUUAGACCUGGUUCUUUGAGCAGUUCAAACAAGCUUAUGGGAAUAGGGAUAACAUGUGUGUUGUAUCAGACAGACAUGAGAGCAUCAUUAAGGCGGUGAGUAGAGUGUAUCCAACUGUGCCACAUUUGGCGUGCAUAUGACAUUUAUGGAAAAAUGUGACCACGAAAUACAAGUCGAAUGGUGAAGUAUUGAGUCCUGUAUUCUAUGCACUUGCAAAAGCAUACACACAGGCUGAGUUUGAUAAGCUGAUGGAGAAGAUUGAGAAGGUUGAUUUUCGGGUAAAAGAGUACUUGGAGGAUGCUGGAAGGGAAAAGUGGGCUCGACUGUAUUCACCCGUUAACAGAGGAUGGACAAUGACCUCAAAUAUAGCUGAAUGUAUUAAUGGAAAAUUGGUAGCAGCAAGAGAAUUGCCUGUUUUCGAUUUUCUUGAAGAAGUGAGGAAGAUGUUUGGGAGAUGGAAUUGCACUAAUAGGAGGAUCGGUACAUACACAUUCACAACACUUGGGAAAGCAUUCCAGCAAUUAUUAUCAAUAAACGAAUGUAAAUCUCUACGUAUGACGGUUGAACCAUCAACUGAAUAUGUGUAUACCGUAAAUGAUGAGGCAAGACGAUUCAUAAUUGAUCUUAAAAAGAAAACAUGCAGUUGUCGGAUGUUCCAAAUGGACGAGAUACCAUGUCCACAUGCAUGGGCUGUAUUGAAGAGUAAAAGUCUUAUGCCUGAUGAAUAUUGCUCAGACCUAUUCAAACCAAAGACAGUGAUUAAGACGUAUGAUGUGCCUGUGGAUCCUCUGCCUGACGAGAGUGAGUGGAAUAUUCCCAAACAUGUAUGUGAUGAAGUUGUUUUGCCACCAAGAUACAAGAGACCCCCGGGAAGGCCAAAGAAAAAGCGAGAUAAACCAUUAAUGGAGACGAUGAUUGGUAAACGUAGGAAUGCUUGUAGUACUUGUGGACGUCUUGGUCACAAUAGACGUUCUUGUUCUAAUGAGCCACGUAAGAAGUAGAUGUUUAGAUUGUAAUUUUUUUUUUUUUUAAAAAAACACUUAUCCCCAAAAAUAUUAAAUAAAGAAAUUUUUGGUUCAUCGUUGUAUUCUGUAAUUUUUGUCUUUCAUUUUCAUAAUAAUAUUGCAUACAAUU